AUGAUUCAUCGGAUCAAUAAUGAUACAAGAGGAUAUGGUGAUUAUAGUGGUGUUGGUAGAUAUGGUGCUCAAAUGAUUAUGCAAUCAACAACAACAAUCGAAGACGAUUAUAAGAUAUUUUGGAGAAGAUGCCAUCCAAUGAUACCAGAAAAUGAAAUGCUCUCUGUUACCCAAUUUGAUAUAACAAAAUGA